GGGGCGUGGCCAGAGGCGCUGCCCGGCGCUGAGGCGGCUGAGGGGGGACAGUCGCCGGUUCGGCCGCGACAGGUGCGUUGGGACUCCCCCGUAUAGCUGGGAAAGGGAUUUGGGGAGAUAAGAUGGAGCCUUCCCCGUUCAGCAGAAGACAAUGGGCCUCCCAGUCUUUGAAGAUCACUGCCAAGGAGCUUUCCCUGGUCAACAGGAACAAGUCCUCGGCCCUGGCUGAGAGGUUCUCCAAGUAUCAGAAAGCUGCUGAAGAAGCCACUGCCGAGAAGAAAAGAAGUAACGCGGAAAACCUGCCCCCUCACUUCACCAGGGGCAAUCUGAGCGCGCUGAAGAAGAAGUGGGAGAAGCCGGCGCUGGGAGCGGAGUCCUCCGGGAGGGAAUCGCUGCGGGGCGGCUGCGCUGAGCUUCGGCACAAGGUCGGGACCGGCCGCGCUUCUUCCCCAUCCCCGGGGGCUGCGGCUGCUCCUGCUGACGGCUCGAAGGCCAGGAUCCACUCACCGGAGGGUGCCAGCAUGGAAAACUGCGUGAGAGAGCCCAGGGAGGUGGAAAAGCCCGAGGCCGGCGAGGGAGCGGAGCCCCCGGGCAGGAUCGAGAAGUACAACGUGCCCCUGAGCAAGCUCAAGAUGAUGUUCGAGAAGGGCGAGCCCCCCCAGCCCAAGGUGCCCAGGGAGCCCAGGAGGACGGCGCUGGGCAGGAGGGUCUCGGAGAACAGCGUCUCCUCCGAGGACUGCGACGCCGGAGCAGGGCAUCUUGCAGAGACCAUCCCAGGGCUGAGUGUGGACAAGGCAGAGCCCAGGAAGGGCCUGGACCUGCCUCGUUUGCCAGAGAGCUCCAUAAAGGACAGACUGGCCAAGUACCAGGCAGCUGUGUCCAAGCAGGGCACUUCCUCAGCCCUCACUCCCAUGCUGAGCAGCUCUGGGUCCAACUGCUCCGUGCUCAGAGCCCCUUGGGGUCUGUCCCUGUCUCAGCCUGGUGGGUUCCUGGGGUUGUUGAGGUCUCAGAAGGCCAGGGGUGCUCAUUGUCUCGUUCUCUUGCAGGUUCCUGCAGGUGAGAACAGCUUUUCUGUGCCCUCUGCUCUGCUGGAGGACGGCCACGCUGCACAGAACUCGGAGAGUGAGGCAGAAGCUCAGAAACCCGUGGGCACAAAGCAGCAGAACGUGGGUGCCAGAGCAGCUGCCCAGGCUGAGACCUCCCCACCCAAAGCCGUGAAGAAAUUCCAGUUGCCAAUGAAGGAAACCUGUGUUGGGUGUCAGAAGACCGUGUACCCCAUGGAGAGGCUCUUUGCCAACCAGCAGGUGUUUCACAUCAGCUGCUUCCGCUGCUCCUACUGCAACAGCAAGCUCAGCCUCGGGACGUACGCGUCACUGCGGGGGAACAUCUACUGCAAACCCCACUUCAACCAGCUCUUCAAAUCCAAAGGCAACUACGACGAGGGCUUCGGGCACAAGCAGCACAAGGAGCUGUGGGUGGGCAAAACGGAAGGUGAGGAAUCCCCGGAGAAAACCGUCCCCGGGGUGAACACGACGGAAGCUCCGCAGAGCCCCGGGGUGGAGGACACCCCCAUUGCAAAGGUCGGGGUGCUGGCAGCGAGCAUGGAGGCAAAAGCUUCGGCCGUGCCCGAGAGAGAAGAGAGACCGGCAGAAACCAAAAAGCUGCGGAUCGCUUGGCCCCCUCCCUCCGACCAGAGCGUCCAAGGAAGUGCCUUAGAGGAGGGCAUCAAGGUCCUCAAACCCAAGUGGCCCCCGGAGGAAGAGGUUUCCAAGCCGGAUGUGCAGGAGGACGUGGAUCUGGACCUCAAGAAGUUGAGGAGGUCCUCCUCGCUGAAGGAGAGGAGCCGCCCCUUCACGGUGGCGGCCUCGUUCAGAACGGUGUCCGUGAAGGGCCACAGGGCAGAGAACUCGCCCUCCCCUCCCAAAGCUGAGAGGGACACGCUGAGAAAGGGGGAGGAACUGGACAGAGAGGAGAAAAAGCAGAAGGAAAAGAAGGUCGAGCACAGGAACGUCGAGAAGAACGUGGAGGAGGAGCAGGAGUCGUGUGGUGUCAGAACAUCCGAGCUCGGCGUCGUGGAGAACGGGCAGGGGGGUGUGGAGACAGACGAGGAGGAACACGCUGGGGGAGAGCCGGAAAUCCCAGAGGAAGAGCUCCCGGAACCAAAUUCUCCCAAACGUUCCAGCCUGGCCCACGUGGUGACUGCCAAGGAGUCCUCCCCGAACCAGCACCGCAAAUCCCAGGACGUGGGUUUCUGGGAGGGCGACGACGUGGAGGAUCUGUCGGUGGAAGAGCAGAUCAAAAGGAACCGUUACUACGAAGACGAAGAUGAGGAUGAUGAUGACGACGAAGAAUAAAUUGGCCUUUUUUUACUAGAAAACUUGCUGCAAGGUGCUGGGCCUUUGGAAAUGGGUGUUUUUUUUAGCUUUAACGAGCAGCUCUCCUCCGUGAAGCGAUGCCACACUGCACGUCAAGGGAAUCCACGUCCAAAUGAUCUCAACUGGGAAACUCUGGAAGCCUUCAAAGGGUCUCUUUGGGUGCACGGGAACGAGUGUCCGGCUGUGGGACACCCUCAGCAGGUAGAGAACGGGGCUGUCCUGUGCUUGUCUCAUC